UAAAACAUAUUCAGGGUGGAAACAGCAACCCCCUAGACGCCAAAACACAUACCCAGGUCAGAAUCAGUACGGCAGACGACGGUGGGACACACAAAGGGAUUAUGACUCUUCUCUAUCGGGAGGCUUUGGAGCUCUGUCUCUAGACAGUGAGAGAUUCUCCAGAGGAGGCAACCUUGACAACCUCUCCUCCCAAAGUAGCAGUAGCAGUGGCAGCAGGAGCUUCAGCUCUUUGUGUUCAGCUGCACAAACUUUGACCUUGACCCCUGAGACAAGGGAGCAGGUCCUUAGAGCUUUAACUGCUUUGGGUCCUGGGGAAACAUUGCAAGCCAGGACCCUAGCCAAAAAACUACGCUUACCCAAGAAGAUCGUUAACCAGGCACUGUAUGCUCUCUUGUGCUCCCGCCAGGCAGUGAAGGAGAGCGACACUCCCCCUCUCUGGAGACUCUUCAGGGAUGGUGAUGAGGACCCCUCUGUAGGGAAAGAAAAGAAGAAAAAUACGGUCACACUGGUAAAACAAGAGCCUAGAGUUAUUGUUGUUGAGGAACUUGACGGUAACAUACAGACCAACGAGUGCAUCAAUAUCACACACGAUUCUAACAGCGAAUCGGAAGAUUCAGAAGGCGACGAUUCUUCUCAGUCGUCAGCCACAGACCAGGGUCAAGACGUGUUUUCACUAGCCAGUCCAAAGUCCUCUAGUGUUGUCGUCAUGGCAGACUCAAAGGAGAUCAAAGAGAAGAUCCUGCAGUACCUUCACGAAACAGGCAAGGCUAACGCACUCCUGAUUGCCAAAAACCUCGGCAUGCGAAAUGCCAAACAGGUGAACCCCACUCUCUAUGCCAUGGAGAAACAAGGCGACGUCACCCGCAACGAUCUCAUGCCGCCCAUCUGGGAACUUGCAGACCACCGCAGAGAGAAGAUGGAUCGCCAACGGAAAGCUGCUGCUGCAGCGACCGCAAGGCCUGCAGGAUGGGGGUUCUCGUUAAAUACUACGGACUUAAACUGGAGACAGCAAGAACCCGGGUCAAGUGUGCAGAGCAUGGUGAGAAAUGGAACACAAAGAAACCAGUCGUACGCUGCCGCAGAAUCUCUUCCCAUGCCUCCCCUUGAACCAAUACCCUCUGAUGACCCAUCGACCUUGUCGUCUCUUCCUCAUCGUCCUAGUCCUCAACCUCAUCAUUCCUCCUUCUAUCAGGAGAAAGACAGGAAUGGAGGAGAGCGAUUACACUGGGAAUCAGAUGACAUCCCGGAGUUCCUAAACGCAAUCCGGUCAGAAGGGACCGUGGCCGUUUCCCUGGCAGCUCCCGCACCUCCGGCCCACAGCUCCGAGGCCAACCGUCUGUCGAAGCUCAGGGAGGCUCGCAGUAAGAACCCAGUCAGUGGCCUGAUGGAAUUUGCCCAGUUUCUCGGCCUCAACUGCGAAUUCCUCCUACUGGACCAAUCUGGACCUGCCCAUGACCCCAGGUUUCGUAUGCAGGUAAUGUUGGACGGACGGCGAUUUCCACCCGCUGAGGCGCCCAGCAAAAAAGUGGCAAAGAAAGACGCGGCCGCGACAACCUUGAGGAUUCUGUUGAAAGAGAUGGAGGGAGGGGGAGGAGGAGUAGCAGCAGCAGCAGCAGAGGAAGAUGACGGCGAUGAUGACGAUGACGAUGACGAUCAGUGUGGGAUAGGGAAGGAUUCGUCCAACGACUCAACAGAGGACCUCUCUGUGAGUUUGCCUGCUGGAGAGGGUCCGCCUCUGUCUCGGUCGCUCCCAGGUGGAAAGAACCCAGUGUCUGUUCUAAUGGAACACAGUCAACGUAGCGGCCACUCCAUUGAGUUCAUCAACACAGGGCAGGAAGGGCCACCGCAUGACCCACGUUUUAAGUUCCGGGUGAAGGUGGGUGACAGUCUUUUCCCAGAAGCCUCGGCGCCCAGUAAGAAAGCAGCACGGCAGCUGGCGGCAGAAGAGGCAGUGAAAGAGCUGAUGGGAGACGGACGACUACACAUCAACAAGCCCCAGACCAGUUUCUGUCCUUUGGGUGAGGGUGAGUCUACGUCUAUGAUGAUGCCAGCAUGCCCGUCUUUGCCCCCUCUGACCGCGGCCGAGCUGCAGGCGGCGCACGAGGCGGGCGUGGGCGACCUCAUUAACCACCUCAACAACAACGCUGUGUCGGGCCUGCUGGAGUACGCGAGGGCGCGAGGCUUCGCUGCCGAAAUACAACUCGUGGGACAGAGCGGACCCCCGCACGAGCCAAAGUUUACGUACCAGGCUAAACUGGGUGGACGUUGGUUUCCUCCUGUUUGUGCCAGUAAUAAGAAACAGGGGAAGCAGGAGGCAGCAGACGCUGCUCUGAGAGUGCUGAUAGGAGAGGCCGAGAGGGCGGCACGAACAGGAGAACUUACACCUGAGUUGCCAGUCAUUGGAAGUACUCUCCAUGAUCAGAUAGCGAUGUUGAGUCACCAGCGGUUUAAUGCUCUCACCACACGAAUCCAGCACAGCCUUCUGGGAAGGAAAAUUCUCGCGACUAUUGUCAUGAGGAAAGGAGACAGCCUGGGAACGGUUGUUAGCUUAGGGACAGGAAACCGCUGUGUUAAAGGGGAGGAGCUGAGUCUUAAAGGGGACACAGUUAAUGACUGCCACGCGGAAAUCAUCUCUAGAAGAGGCUUCAUUCGGUUUCUGUACAGUGAGUUUAUAAAGCAUUUGGAGAGUCCAGGAGAGGAGAGCAUAUUUGAGGCUGCUGGGGACAACAAACUAAGGAUAAAACCUGACAUCACUUUUCACCUUUACAUCAGCACUGCUCCCUGUGGGGAUGGAGCUCUCUUUGACAAGUCCUGCAGCGAGGCAGCGGAAGGGGCGGGGCCAGGUCACAUGCCCCUCUUUGAGAACGCCAAACAGGGCAAACUCAGAACCAAAGUAGAGAACGGCGAAGGCACUAUCCCAGUGGAGUCCAGCGCCAUAGUACCCACCUGGGACGGCAUUCAGCACGGCGAGCGAUUGAGAACCAUGAGCUGCAGCGAUAAGAUCCUGCGCUGGAACGUGCUCGGCCUGCAGGGGGCGCUGCUCAGCCACUUCAUCCACCCCGUCUACCUGCGUUCAGUCACGCUCGGCUACCUGUACAGUCACGGUCACCUGACCCGAGCGGUGUGCUGCCGAUUGGCCAGAGAUGGAGAUGGCUUUGCCAAGGGCCUCCCGCCGAACUUCGCCCUCAAUCAUCCAGAGGUGGGGAGGGUGAGCGUGUACGACUCCACACGACACACGGGCAAGACCAAAGAAUCCAGCGUCAACUGGAGCCUCCCGGAUAACGUGAACGUGGAGGUGCUGGACGGGACCAAAGGCAAAGUGGACGGUCCUAAACUGGAGGUGUCUCGCGUCUCAAAGUCCAACCUCUUCCGCCUCUUCCGUGCCGUGUGCCAACGCGCGGGCAGAGCCGACCUCCUGGCGUUACCCUCUUACGCCCACGCCAAGACGGCCGCCGCGCCGUUCCAGCUCGCCAAGAAACAGUUCUUCCAGGCGCUGGAUCAACACGGUUACGGCUCCUGGAUCGGGAAACCCCUGGAGGAGAAGAGCUUCGAGGGGGCAGAUGUAUAGCCAGAGGCCAACGGGAGGAAGCGCAGCGACCGGGGAGUCAUAAACCCCCGCUACCUUAGGGUGAACUAGGCCCGCAUUAGUUACGCUGCUAAUUCUGAAAGUUUUAUCCAGCGCUGUCGGAAGCUUCCACGCGGCUGCACACGGCUUGGAGGGUUAGAAAGAGGAGUACUGUGGAGAAGAGUACAGAUGAGAGAGUUGGUGAGAGAGAGAGAGAGAG